AUGUGGUCACGAUUCCCACCUGCACAGGAUUCAGGGAGGACAGCUGGAUCCCCCAACUGGAUCUCAUCUCCAUCUCUGUAGGAAGUGAGGUGCAGCAGGUGACAGGCCUCAAGGUGGGCACUGUACAGAGGUGGUGGGGGGGCCACUGGAUUGGAGAGCUGCUGGCAUGGCGAGGUCACACGGCGAGGGGAUGGCAGGCAAAGGUGUCGAUGCACCUGCUGUCGGUACACUUCAGUGAGAAAGAAAACAGCAGGAACAGGCUGGGUCCCCGAGCAUCUGGGUAUUUGAAUUUUCUGCUUGUGGAACAAAACUGUUCUUGGCAGGAACGCGGAUACUGCCUUUUCAAGGAUUUUAAAUUUCCAUUGUAAACAACAUAAACGCUGUUUUGUUUCAGAGGGUCUUCAGUUCCCCCUCCUCCUUUGACGGCAGGUAACUCUUAAACCCAGGUGGUCUGGAGGGGAGGAGGACACAGUUCCUGCACCCAGGACACCUGUCCUCCUCAGUCCAAGUGAGGGGACACAGUGGUAUCCUGGGACUCUGCUGGAAAGCUUCUUGCAGGGUAGUGACUUUGAGUCGGUUUGCGAGGGGCCAGGGGAACUGCAGGGAGGACACCUGAGGCCAGGUGCUGGAACGUGGGCAGGAGGAGGAAGGCAGAAGGUUCUGGGAAGAAGCCUCCGUCCUGCUGUGGACUGCCCCAGACCAGAUUCUCCGCUGUGCCCAGCUGCUGUCCCCUGCAGCCCCUGACCUGCCCCCUGUCCCAGGUGGGAGCCCAGCAGUCAUGCCGGACACACCAGUGGAGGAGUCCCUUUUCCAAAUCAUCCACUGCUACCACCAGUAUGCAGCCCGCGAAGGGGACGUGGAGACCCUGACCCUGGAGGAGCUGAGGGCCCUGCUCACGGACAACGUGCCCCGCUUCAUGGAGACCUUGGGUCGGAAGGAGCCCUGCUACGUCGCGGAGUUGUUCCGGGCAGCAGACAAGAACAAGGACAACCAGGUCUGCUUUGAAGAGUUCCUCUACAUCCUGGGCAAGCUGGCGAAGGAUUACCACCUGCAGUACCACCGGCAGCUGUGUGCCCACCACUGUGCCCAGCGGAGCCUCUACUAGGGCCGCUGGAGCCUGCCUCCAGGAGGGGUGUGAGCUGGCCACGGGGCCGGCCGAGAACUCUGCUGUGUGUGCAGCUCACACUUGGGCAGCCUCACACUCGUUUGGGGUAUGCGUCUCUUCGU